AAAACAGAAAAAAAAAAAAUCCCAACAGAGGUUUCCACUGUGUUACAGGCCAGCACGUCAGCUUGGUCACACACUGUUUCCUUGCCAGAGGUGACGUUGGUUGUAAUUUCUGAGAAGGCUAAAUGAAAACCUUUUUGUUUGCGUUUUGGCAGGGGACUGGAAAUGGCUUACCUGCUUAUGUUUGUCACCCUGCUGCAUCUCAUCACACUGGCUAUUCUCUUCAUUGCAACCAUGGAAAAGUCCUGGUGGGAGUGGGAUGGCAUGGAAAGCUCAGACCUAUGGUACAACUGUCGGUUUGACAACACCACAGGAACCAGGCUUUGUGCAUCCACUAAUGAAACUGAGUGGCUGCAGGCAGUGCAGGUCCUUAUGGUCCUCUCAGUGGUCUUCUCGUCUGUCUCUUUUUUGGUGUUUCUGGGCCAACUCUUCACCAUGUCUAAGGGUGGGCUCUUCUACUUCACUGGACUGUGUCAAGUAUUUGCAGGUCUGACAGUCUUUUCUGCAGCUCUCAUCUAUACACUUCACAAUCAGGAAAUACUUCCGGACUCCAAAAAAAUGACUUCAGGACACUUUGGCUACUGUUUUUUCCUGGCCUGGGUGUGUGUCCCCAUGUUGCUGUCUAGUGGGGUCAUAUACAUCCACCUGCGCAAGAAAGAAUGACCGGACAAAGACAGUGUUAACAAAAGUAUUGGAAACAAAACAAUUAAACUGACUUCGCCAAAUUUGAAAUGUGAAUUUUAAUUAAGCUGAUGCUCAGGUGGUGAGGAGAUCUUUGACUUUUAUUUAUACAAAGGUGUUCAGGACGACUUUUUUUUGUACGUAAUAAAGCUUUAUGUAUUAAUCACAGAAUUCUACAUAACCGUGGCACUCACCUUUUCAUUAUUUGACAGUUAAUAAGUUGUUGUGUGUUACUGAAGAAGGCAAAUACUUAAGCAGUAUUUAUCUGUUCAUUCAAACAGUUGUUGUCAUGGGCCUUUUAAAUGUUUUAAACACAACAUAUAAAUAUGCAUACAUUGUACCCAGGUCGAUGUGUGAAAAACAUUUAGUAUAUGGUACUAAUAAACAUAUCAAACACAGAACGCUUGAUAUCCAAGUUGUAUCAAAUGACACGUUGUAAUUUGGGGCUAAACAAACUCUGUGAUCAAUUAGAUUUGUUUACCUUAAUUGGGUAUUUCGGACAGUAAAAAUAGUUUUCAUCACGUAAUUUUUCUAAUGUAUAGACCUGCUUCAAAGUGUGCACCAUUUGUGAGAAAUGUAUGUGUAGCUAAAGCAAAAAGAAGCUAUAGAAAUACUAGCAGGUGGAGAACUACACUCCGUUUUCUUGUAUUGUCUAUUAUAAACUUUAAUAAAGGAAAUUGAUGUAUUAACAAGUGGUUUCCUGAGUACAAACAGGAUUCACUUGAUCAUAUCAUAACACAACUUAAAUGUCCAAAUUAGAUCUCUUUUACAGAUCAUACAUAGGUCAGAAUUUCCAAUGGCAGAAUUAAAUUGAAGGGUUGUGUGUCCACAUCACAGUCUGUUGACAAAUAUUAACUUAAAUUCAAAUUCAAUAUAUAUGAGAUGUUUUCUCAUUAAUGGGUUUGUCAUAUUGUACCUGCUUUUCAGAAAGAGCUUUGAACGGUAACAGAAUAUGAACUACCCUGAAUAAAAACAUGAUAUGAAC